AAAAAACAAAGACGUUCUGCACAAAAUGGCGGGUGGGCUGUGAAAUUAUCGACGCUUUGCAUUUUGUAAUAAUUAUAAGGGUUUAAAACUGUUUUGUAUUCGGAGUAUGUUUUAAUAGUGUUACGAAAAUGGAUUUCGAUGAAAUUGUAGUAAAAGAAAGCCCCGGCUUGUGCCGGUGUUGUCUUUCUGAGGGAUGCUACAAAGACUUAGGAUCCGAAUAUAGUUGGAUGAGUGAAACAGAAAUUUACGCCGAUAUGUUGCUGGAAUGCUUUGAUAUUAGUAUAUCUCAACACCCGACCGGCCCCAACGGCUCCAACCGGCUGAUCUGCGAGGUGUGCAUCACGCGGCUGCGGGAUGCCUGCAACUUCAAGAAGCAAGUGCUGGAAUCGGAGAAGAAGUUCGUGGACAUGGUGGGCCGAGGAGAGUUCCGGCCAAAAGUGCUGCUGUACCAGACCCAGAUGAAGACUGAACGUAUUAUGGAGAUUGAAGAGGACGGCGCUGACGACAGCGGCGAGGUCGAAUAUCUCGAGGAGGACGCAGACUUUGUUGAUGAGGAGCUCCUCAAAAACGAAGACUAUGGUGAAGCCUCAGUGUCCGAAGACAUCACCGUGUCCGCCCUAGCGGUGAAGGGCAAGCGCGGGCGGCCCAAGAAGACAGCCAAGCCCGAGAAGAAGGCCAAGGUGGCCAAGACCGAGGAGAAGCCCAAGAAAGCGGUUGCUAAAGAUGAAUAUCCGCACCGCCCGUACGACAGCUGUACCUCUCAGCGGCGGAGGAAAAAUUUACAAAUAUUAUUCAAUAACACCUCCGUGAUGCCUUUCAAAUGGCGGGGCACGUACCUAUGUUUCUACUGCGGGAAAAACUAUACAGAGUAUCCUGAGUUCAGAAAGCACACCAAGUCACACGGGCUCUGCUCUACGAACGAUUAUUCCCUUAAGAUUAUUAAAGGGAACCAUAUAGAGAUAAAAAUCGACGUCUCUGAAAUCGUUUGCGAGAUAUGCUGCGACCCCUUUAACAGUUUUGACGAAAUCGUCGAACAUUUGAACUCGAAACAUGAUCUAAGAUACGACACUAGCGUACAAAUCCCGUUCCAAUUAUACAGACUUUCAGAUUUCCGGUGUUUACUGUGUGAUGAGCAGUUCAACUACUUCGGAUACUUGGUAAAGCAUGUAAACAGCGUUCACCCACAAAAUUGUUUCAUAUGCGAUGACUGUGGACUUACUUUCAAUAAGAAAAGAGAUCUCGCUUUACAUUCAAGAGAUAACCAUCGCCAGGGAGGAUACCCAUGUGAUCAAUGCACCAGCAAUUUUAAAACGAAAGGCUUGCUGCGGAAACACCAAAAUACGUUCCAUUUCAGAAAAUGCAAAGAUUGCUCCUUAACUUUUGCGUCUCAUAGCCUACUACAAAAACACAUACAGUUAGACCAUCCAGACGAUGGGAGUUUGAAGUGUGUUUAUUGUGCGAAGGAGUUGCAUUCUAAGCAGGGUCUAAAACAGCAUCUUAAUAAAUGCGAAGUUAGAUUACUUUCUCAAAUCGAUGCUCCUCUGCCUAGUAACGCUUUUGAAGGGUCUUACGUCGAGCCCAGAAAGAAACAGAAUAUACUACAAAUUAGGGAAAAUAUCCAAGUCGUCCUCAACAUGUCAACUGCUAUACCUUUCAAAUUCUUUUCAAAGUAUUCGUGUUUUUACUGCUCUAAAAAGUUUGUCGAAUAUGAAGAACUUAAAGAACAUACUUUAAGGGAACACCCGAUCUGCGACGUCAAAUCAAAGUGCAUGAAGAAAUGCAAAGGUGAAAGGAUAAAUGUUAAAGUGGAUGUCGCCAAUCUAGCCUGCAAAAUAUGCUGUCAACCUAUUGACGACUUAGACAUAUUAAUAGACCAUCUCAUAACUGACCAUAAAGCUAAUUAUGACAAGUCUCUAAAACGUUGCUUCGAACCUUUCCGUAUAAUCAAAGACAAUAUGCCUUGUCCUUUAUGUUCCGAUAAGACUUUUAGAUAUUUCAGCACACUUCUAAGACAUAUCAACUCCGAACACAGUAACAACAACAGAAUCUGCGAUUUCUGCGGUCGUAGUUUUAAAAAUGUCACCAAUCUCAAAGUUCACAUCACUUACGCUCACACCGGCUCAUGCGAAUGCGACGUAUGCGGGCUUAAAUUCAAAAACCAAUGGUGUCUCGCGCGACAUAAAGCUAAAACACACAACGCGAAAGACUACAAGUGUCCUAAAUGCCCCGAACAAUUCCAAUCUCAGUACCACAAGCAGAAACACCUAAUAACGACCCACGACAUCGGUCACAAGUGCUCCUACUGCGGCAAAAUGUUCACAAGGAACUCCUUUAUGAAGGAUCAUAUCCGUAGAACGCAUUUGAAGGAGAAAAACGUGCCUUGUUCCGUUUGUAACGAAAAGUUCUUUGAUAACUAUCUCCUUCGCAUGCACAUGGUAAAGCAUGAGGGAGAGAGAAAGUUCAGCUGCGAAGUUUGUGGUAAAGCGUUUCUCAGGCGAAGCAAUCUCAGCUCUCACAUGGACAUGCACAAAAAAUACGGUCAUGUUCAAGUUUAGUUCGAUCUCAUUAGGCGCAUAAGAAAUUAACUGACUUACUGCAUUAAAAAUAAAUUAGGUUAUAGUUUAAAUUGCAAGUACAAUUUUUUUAAAUUUGUAAAUGACUUAGUUGAUAAGUUGAUUAUGUCUUCCGUUUUGAGUAUUACGUAUUUGAGUAGCUACAAACGAAGUUCGUUUUAACAUUUACUUAUUUGCUGGACUGAUAUAAAGCCAGCAGUCGAAAUGGACAAACCCUUAGAGCGUUCUCACAUUGUCCGAUCGGAUGUCAGAUGUCGCUUGGUAGAGUUGCUAGAUAUGCCCUAUGGCCGCACUUAAACUAUCGUGAGACAUAUUUCAAAAUAUUUAUCAGUACGGUUUUUACUCACUAUUAUUUUUAGUCCUAUGGCAUUGAAUACUUUAGUUUUUUGCACUAACGCUUUCUUUUUAACAUUAAACAUUGGUAAAAAAUUUUUUGUACUUUGUGGUCGUAUCCGAUAUCGGAUCGGGUAAUAUGAAAACGCUCUUACUCUUUUGAACACCGGAUUUAGCCCAGAAACAGUACUUGUGUUUAUUGCGCAAGUGUUACAAAUGUAGAAAUCAUGAAAGGGGAUUAAUAAUUUAGGUACCCUAAAAUCUGUAUAUUUACACUAAUGACUGACCAUGUUUUGCCAAUUUAACAAAUAUACGUAUCGUCACAAUUUAACAAAGAUACGUAUCGUCACAAUUUAACAAAGAUACGUAUCGUCACAAUUUAACAAAGAUACGUAUCGUCACAAUUUAACAAAGAUACGUAUCGUCACAAUUUAACAAAGAUAAGUAUCGUCACAAUUUAACAAAGAUACGUAUCGUCAUAAUUUAACAAAGAUACGUAUCGUCACAAUUUAACAAAGAUACGUAUCGUCACAAUUUAACAAAGAUACGUAUCGUCACAAUUUAACAAAGAUACGUAUCGUCACAAUUUUGUGUCAAGAACGCUUGAUAGUGAUUCAUUAUGAAAUAAAAUGGUACAACGUUAUCGUUUAACUAUUACUUUUACUUUAGGACUUUAUUUUAUUUAUGUUAAAGUUAAGAAUCGAAAGAAUAAAAACCGCCUGUCGUUAAAAAUGAAUUCGGUUGAUCCGAAUUCUUUAGAAUUUUUUGAUAGAAUCAAAAUUACUGUAUAAUUUAAUGUGUUUUUGGAUAAUUUAGUCUGGAGCCAUUUAUUUAUUUUUAUACUUUAAAUUAUGAUCUGAUCUUAAAGUAACGUAAUUUUUGUAUGUUUAUUUAUUACAGUAUUUUUAAAAUACAGUUAACUAUGUAACUAGAGUUGUGCGAAUGAUAUUUUGAAUACAUGUAGUUAAGUAAUUCCUUAUGAUUGUAUUUAAGGAGCAUUAUACUU